AAAAAACAGAAUAUACUAAUGCAGACGUAGGCAGGGGUGGAGCUGGUGAGUGACUAUGAAAAGCUUCUAAAUGCCAUCGAAACUGGUUUUUAGUCUAACCAUAAGCAACAGGACAGCAGUUUAAAUGAGCAGAAUGAGUGCUGACGGAACUGGGGACCCGCCUCCAUAUGCCAUUCCAAUCGAGGGUGCCGGGGGCUCCAACGUCAAGGUCUACCAUGUGCACACUCCGUUCACCCCACAAAGCUCCACUAUUAGAGAUUUAGGAAUCCAAGAGAAAGCAUCCACAUCUGUUCAGUCCCAGUCAACUGAAGCCAAAAACAAAUUCGUCGGUUAUGAUUCAUACGAGCUGGGCCGCACGCCAGGAAUGGCAACCUGCACGCACUGCCAACAGCAGGUCUUAACCGAAAUCAGCUACAAACGGGGAGUUUUCGCUUGGGCGUCAUUCGUACUCUUCAUCCUCUGCGGGUUGAUUUUAUUCUGCUGUCUGAUUCCACUUUUUGCCAAGCAUUUCAAAGACGUCUAUCAUACAUGCCCAAAAUGCUCUAAGAUCCUGCACAUUGAAAAGAAGCGAUGCUGCUAACCCGGUCCCAUCAUCCCCUCCCAGAUUUUAACACUCAUGGACGUGUUGCACCUUACACUAUAUGAAGGACACUUUCAGACCAACACAGAUGUCAUCUUGUACAAACUUGCCCGUAUGAACUUGUGCUUUGCAAUGUUUGUAACCUAUUGGUGUUCAUCUGGUUUAGUCUGUAUUAUUACGUUCAAAAACGAAUACGCAUGGUUUUGAUUGUAUAUCUAUAAAGGACUCAGGGUUAAGGGUUCACAAGUUUGAGGUGUUCACAGAAUUUGAUUUGUAUUAACUACAUUUACUGGAUCACAAUGUAAAUAUCACCCAUUUUGCCAUCAACGACACCAUAUAAAAUGGUGGUUUUCAAGCUAGAGGACCUCAGCAAACUUCAAAAGGGCCUUCAAAAUGACUUCAAUUGAUUUGAACCAAUACAAGCAUUAAAACAUCUAGAUAUUUCUAAUUUCAAUUUACUUAAUUUUUCAUUGGAAGAACCAGUUCACACAGUCUAAUAAAAAUGAGUAUAGAGAUGAGAUGGACUCCUUUUAAAAGUGAUUUCUUCAGCUGGAAAAGUCAUGUAAAUUAAUUUAACUCUAUUAGAAAAGCUCUAAAAUAUUUACAUGUUUGUCAAGCUCUAAAAAAAAAAAAAAAAAUUACAAAUGGUGUAAUAAAAAAAAAAUCUUGUCAUCCUUGUAUAUCACAAACUGGAAAAGUCAUGGGGCCUUAUAAUAGGGUUGUGCUGUAUGUUAAAUAAAAAUUCACUUUGUCUUUGGGUUACUGUUAAGCCAUGUUUCACUUCUGUAAAAAGCCUCUGAAACUUCAUAAUGUCAAAUGUGCACCUAAAUGCCAUAAACAUGCCUGUGCAAUACCUUAA